AUGGAGGAUCUAUUGAGUACUAACACUCAAGCAAAAACUAAGGCUAUUCUUCAAGAUCUUAGAUACUUGAAUAAUAUGCAGGUUGAAAGGAUUAUGCUUAUAACUGAUUCUCUUCUGUUAAAGAACAUCGUCCAAAGAGUAUGGGAAGUGCCUUGGCAAAUCGUUAGUAUGAUGGAGGAAAUUUGGCAGCUCGUUGAAGGGAAAACUAUUGUUGUUAAUCAUAUUUACAGGGAAGGGAACAAGGUAGCUGACCAUCUAGCUAAUCUUGCUCUUGACAGUGGAAAUUUUGUGGCCAAUAAUUUCAUGGAGAUGGAUACUCAUGGUAGGAAAUUAGUAAACAGUGAUAAAUUAGAGGAACCUUAUAUGAGAAUAAGGAAAUGCAGCAAAAUCUGA